ACUCGCACCGACUCGCAAUCACAAAAAGGUUACGAACAACACUCCUUGUCCCUUUCUCUCUUCUUGCUGUACUGUCACAGCCCUGACUGUUACUGCCGAAUUUGAGAGCAAGUGGUUCGAGGAUGAGCGUAGUUAGGGCUCAAGGAAACUGCGUCGCCAUCCCUACACUUUCUCCUUCUUCAUCCAUCAAUCUAUGCUCACGCGGCUCUGCUUCUCCAGAUGAUGUAACUUGUGGGACACCAACUUGGAUUGGUAAGGGCCUCACUUGUGUUUGUUUCAAGCGAAAGGGUGUCUAUGAACGAAUUUGCAUCAACCUGACUCCCCUGCAGGAAGAAAGAAUGAGAAGGUUGAAGCACCGGAUGCAGGUUUACUUUGAUGCUUCUAGGAUGGAUCAUCAGGAAGCUCUGAAAGCUUUAUGGUCUGCUACAUUUCCUGGUCAGGAACUGCAUGGUUUGAUAUCUGAUCAAUGGAAAGAAAUGGGAUGGCAGGGAAGAGAUCCAUCUACUGAUUUCAGAGGGGCUGGAUUCAUUUCCUUGGAGAACCUGCUGUUCUUUGCGAAGACAUUUUCAACAUCGUUUCAAUGUUUAUUAAAGAAACAAGGAGGGAAGCGAUCUGCCUGGGAGUAUCCAUUUGCUGUUGCGGGUGUAAAUAUCACAUUCAUGAUAAUGCAAAUGCUUGACCUUCAUGCCUCAAAACCUAGGACAUUUGUCAGAUCAGUUUUCCUACAAAUGUUGUCAGAAAAUCAAUGGGCAUUUGACCUGCUAUAUUGUGUGGCCUUUGUGGUCAUGGACAAGCAGUGGCUCGAGAGGAAUGCCACUUAUAUGGAGUUCAACGAUGUCUUGAAAUCCACCAGAGCUCAGCUUGAAAAAGAACUUCUAAUGGAUGAUGUUCUACGGAUUGAAGACAUGCCUUCUUAUUUCCUUCUCAGUUAGCAACAAGUCAAUUAGAACUUCAGCUCCAGCACGUAUUUAUUUAACUUCAAACUUGUACAUCCCACUCUCUCACUCACUGCAGCGGAAAUCUCAUUGUUUUUAUAUACAGAAAAAUCUGAUCCUAAGCUUUAUUUUGAUGGGGUUGACCCAGCUAAAGAACAAAGACAGAUGAGACAUGAACCUUUUCUUCAAAUUCUGUGUUUCCAUUUGAGAAGAAUACAAGCCCUUCAAUGUAAUUUGGACGGAUAUUGAAAUGAAUUAUCAUUGUGCGCAGUUGGCUGAGCA